AUGAGUGGCCUCUUCAAGAAGGAUUUCCACAGCCACUUCCAAUCUCCAAUGACACUGCAGGACAAGAUGGUUUUCCCCUCUAGAGGGAGCUAUACCAUCACCCUCCAGUUGGUAGUUGUGAUGUGCUGUGUGACUGUAUGUGGCGGGACCCCUGACCCCCGUCAGAGGGAGACGAUGAUGCGCCAGGAGACCUCCAGGCAGACAGGGGGCCGUGUGCAGCUGACAGAGGCAGAGCAGUGGCUCGACGCACACCUUCACAAGCUAAAAGAACAAGAGAUGGCUGCGGCCCAGUUCCCUCCUGCCAUUCACUUCUUCAAGGCACGGCCCCUCAUCCAUAAGAGCCCCAUCUUUAACCUGCUGCAAAGGAUGCCCAAAGGUAAGACAGUAAUACAGUCCCACUGCCCUAGUGCAGCUGAGGAGCACCUUGGCUCACCUUACAAAUAUGUUUACCAUCAAUUUAACUACGGUUAGUAUAUUCUCUAUGCUGGGUCACAGGGGCAGCCCUCCACAUCCACAGCUCAUCUCUGGUGAGUGUUGAUUGGCUGGUGAAGAACAUCACAUACAGGCCCCAUUGUUACAUCUGCUUCACAUGGGGCAGGUCUGUACGGUUCGUCUUCUCUAGUCGCCGGCCCUUCCCUACCUGGGACUGCCUCUACUGGCAACUGUUGAAGACCUUGAGAGCCAACAUGGUGGAUCCUACAGACUUUGACAACAGGUAGUCCACUAUAUCAUCAGAGCCAAGCAAUACAAAUAGGCGCCUAUGAAUGAACACAUGUAGUAGCAAAAAUACAACUUUCUUAUUCAUGGAAGGGUAGUUUAUUGCCUUUUUUGAUGUUUUUCCAGCUUGAUGCAGAACCUCACACUGUUCACUGAUGAUCCAGACACUACCUACCCGAGCCAGGACGCAGUGUGGGAGAGGUUUGAGAUGGCAUUUGUGGCCAUUGCUGGGCUGGUCACCUACGCUCCUGUGUUUAAAGACUUUCUCUACAAGGGCUUAGAACAGCUGUUUGAUGACAACAUCAUGUAUCUGGAACUAAGAACUGGACUAUCAAGGGUUAGUACUGUGGGCCUUAAUCGGAAGUAUAACGGGCAAUGUAGUGGGCUGGAAUUACAUGUUACCUAGGCUAUAUGAGAUACCUAGACAUUUCUUUUUCAAGGGUUUUUGGUGAUGUUUUAAACUGUUUUUAUUCUGCACAUCCUGCAGACAUAUGAGCUGGAUGGAAGCAUCCAUGAUAAAGCCUGGUCCCUGAGGACUUAUCAGGAAGUCACUCAACAGUUUGUGGCUGAACACCCUGGCUUUCUGGGAGCUCGACUCAUCAUUUCCGUCCAUAGGUACAGUACAGACAUGGGUUCAAAUACUAUUUAUAAUCAUUUCGGACACUCUAGCUGUGCUUGAUUGAGCUUGCCUGUUGCAAUGAAAACAAUAGAAUUAUGAUUUCUGAUGAUUGGCUCUGCCCUUGUGUGCACCUUAGGGUUCUGAGUGUGGCUGAUAUCAAAGCAGCUGUAAAAGAGGCCAUUCAGAUGCAGAAGGAUUUCCCAGAGUUAGUUGCAGGAUUCGACCUGGUGAGAAUUCUCUUAAGGGGUAGAACCAAUCAUAUGCCCUCUCAUUACUGAAAAUCAAUACACAAAUAAACCAUUGUAAAAUGGUUUACACACAUUGUAAAAUCAACUGUUCUUUUGUGGUUUUAGGUUGGCAGGGAGGACAGGGGAAGACCUCUCUGGUUCUUCAGGGAGGCCUUAUCUCUACCUGCAGAGCUUGGAGUCAUGCUGCAAUACUUCUUUCAUGCAGGAGAGACUGGCAAGUAUAGGAUGAUUGAUUAAAACAAUUGUGUAAUUAACAAAAACAAAUCUACGGUAUAUACACAUUAUUGUGAUGCACUUACAGUAUAACAUGUGUGUGUGCGCACAUUCAUACUUGCGCAGACCAGAUGGGCACUGAAGUGGAUGAAAACAUUCUAGAUGCCCUAAUGUUCAACACCACACGUAUUGGGCAUGGGUACACCUUGGCACACCACCCACUGGCAAAGGAGCUCUCCAGGAAGGGAAACGUGGCCGUGGAAGUAUGCCCCAUCUCAAACCAGGUAAAUGCCACAUUGUCUGUCAGUACUCAUCAUAAUAUUCCCAUUGGUUAAAUAAAAAAGCAGUACUGUAGGGUAUUUCAGUUUGGGGACAAUAAAGUUAAUCUGAACUGAAACUCUAAAUAUCUCUGGUUCAGUUGUCUUUAGUCCACUGAGUUAAACCAGUGCUGAUGUCCCUGAAUCCCUGUGUGUCUAUGACCAGGUGCUGAAGCUGGUGUCUGACCUAAGGAACCACCCUGCAGCUGUGCUGAUGUCUGAGGGCCACCCCAUAGUGGUCAGCUCUGAUGACCCGUCCCUGUUUGGGACCACUGGGCUCUCCUAUGACUUCUAUGAGGUGUUUGUGGGCAUCGGUGGCUUGAGGGCUAACCUGGGCACUCUCAAGGAGCUGGCCAUCAACUCCAUAAGGUGAGGUCAAGAGUUGUUUGGAGAAUUAAAAUGAAAUAGUAUUUCAUGUAUCUCUAUGGUAUUACCUCUGUUUGCUCUGGAUACUAACUGUUUAAUCUCUCAUGACAGAAUUAACAUAGCUAGCUAGCGUAUGGGUGAUUGAGUUCGGAGAUUACCAACUGCUUAAUUUGUAGUCGUGAAAAGUAUGUGUUUGAGAAAGUUGUAGUUAUAUGUCCUCUACCAUAGAUAUAGCUCACUGCCAUCACAGCUGAAGGAGAGGGGGCUGGCCAUGUGGCAGAGGACGUGGGAUAAGUUCAUCUCUGAGAACUCAUAUAGAAAUCCCUGA